AUGUCAACACUGUCAUUUGAGUUCCUCUGUUUAAAAGAUGAUGAGUGUCCUUCUACAGAUGAAACUCAGGACACAGAAGAUGAGACAGACUUGGAGUCAGAUGGUAAGUACAUCGAAUUCACUCCAGGAGUCAUUCUUGAAGUUCUGUGAGAAAAGGAAAUAUGUCUGCGCUCACAGUUUAAAACUAUGACUUAUUUAGGUGCAAAUAUGUGUGAUUUGAUAAAUUAUUGCAUUUAUUUUUUGAUUUAACUGAGAAAAGCUGGUAAAAUGCCACGUACACUAUCUGAUUUACCAACUUUCAGAUGUAGAGGAAGGCCGAACUGAGAUGUCAAUAUCUGAAGUAUACCUCCAGGCCUGCAAGCUAGUGAGUGUGGUGCCAGUCUCCUUCUUCAUACGAAACAUCAAUUCUCAAACCAUGACCCUCAGCCACCAUGGACUGGGACCUUUGGGGUGCAAAGCAAUCGCUAUUGCUUUAGUGGUACGUUUAAGAGUGUAACCACAAUUAUUUUUUAAAGAAAACUCCUAAUCUUAUUUGUAUUUAUUAGAGUGACAUGAACAUCAACACUCUGGAACUGGCAGACACUCACAUUGAGGCUGAGGGAGCCAAAUACCUUGUGGAGAUGCUAAGAGCUAAUUUCACCAUUCAGCACCUGGUAUGUCAUGCUGCUUAUUCACCACUAGAGAGCAGAAGUGCUUUUCAAGUAACAUUUUGUUUGACUAUUGCUGUGGAGUAACAAAAUAUUCUUUCCUUUGUUUUCUCUCAGGAUUUAUCCAACAACAAUCUGUUGUCUGCAGGUGCAGAAUAUGUUGCUAAAAUGCUGCUGGACAACAUUUCACUGAAGUCACUGAAACUUUCAGGUAAUGUGCAAAUUAACAGCAUUUUAUUGUGACUGCAGGGAUAUAAGCUUGACAGUGAAUCUCUACCACUUCAUGAGGCUUUUCAAGGACAAACCUAUCACCCAAGAUCAGUAAUUUCACAACAAGAGAAAUAUGUUUAUUAUUUCAAGUCAUCAUUAAACUUGUGUUGAUUAUCUAACAUUUUGUUUCAACAGGAAAUGGAUUUACUGAUGAUGAUGCUAAAUAUUUUGCAGAUGCCUUAUCAGUAAGCAUGAACCCUAUAUGAUAAUUACAUGUCAUUUUUUGUUUAGGCAAUGGUGUGUUAUUUUUAUUAUUAUGGUUUGUUUGUUUUGUCUUCAAAAAUUAGACUAAUGCAAAAAUAAAGGAGCUAGACCUGAGCCAUAAUGCAUUUUGUGGAAAAGGAGGGGAACAUUUGGGACUGCUGCUUGGUAAAAUUCCUUUUUAUGAAUUAUCUUAUUCACUUAACCAAGUACAUGAGCAAAGAAAUUAGCGUAAUAUCAGGUCUCUUUUAUAUUUAUUGUUACUCAUUUUUUCAGCAAACAAUGAGGGUCUUGAGUUGCUGGAUUUGAGCUGGAAUCAUCUCAGGAUGAAAGGAGCUGUGGCCCUGUCUGCAGGACUGAAGGUGGGACUGCAUGAGAAAAAUGUUUGAUCCCUGAUUUGGCAUGCAAAUCUGAUCUCAUGCAUCAUAUUUAGGUCAACAGGACGUUAAAACAUCUCGACUUAUCCUGGAAUGGUUUUGGGAAUGAGGGUGCUCUGGCUAUGGGAGAAGCCCUAAAAUUCAACAACACGCUCGUGCACCUCAAUCUCAACAACAACCGGCUCACUAACGAGGGUGUCGGCAUGCUUUGCAGGGGUCUGGAGUUCAAUGACACGCUCAGGGUCCUGCUGGUAGGUGGGACACUUUUUUCUUUUUCUAAUUCUUAUCCAUCAUCAGUAUUAAAUCUCAUUGACUGUUUUCUAUCCUUGCAUUGUGCAGCUUGCUUACAAUUCUCUGACUGUAGAGGGAGCUCUGGCUCUGGUAAAUGUGGUGAAGAACACACGUAAAACUGCCUUGGAGGAGAUCAACAUAUGUGUGAGUUACUGUGGUGUUGUCUCACUGAUUUUUUAAAUCACGCCUCAAAUAAUUAUCCAUUUACAAAGAAAUAUAAGAACUGGAGAUGCAUUAAAUGUUGUGAGCCACUUGGUUACGAUAUUUUCACCUUUUUACCCUGCAGAACGUGCUGGUCAAUGAGACUUUUGUGCAUCUGCUGGAGAUGACAUGUCAGGAGCAUCCCAGCCUUGAUGUACAGUAUGGAGGAGUUGGAGGGUCCAUCGCCAAGAAACCACCAAAACGUGUUGAUCCAAUGAAAGUCAUACAGGUCAAACUGACUACCCAAGUUGCCUUUAAAAAAAUAAAUUCUGACUUUAAAGCCCAUAUAAGGAGCUUUUGGUUUCCACGCCCCCUGUGGACAAAGCAGUCUUUGCUUGUCUUGUUCCUUAAGUUCUUUGGUUGUGUCACUUAAGAAAAACAAUGUAAUCUUGUGACUUUUAGCGGCUGAAUGCAUCAUUUAGUGUGAAUAUUAGGUUUCAAUCAAGUAAAAACUGGGCUGUUCUUUCAACUGCUCCACUGACAUCAUGCCUUUGCACUAGUUUUAGGCAUUAAAAAAUCUACAGUAUAAAAAUAGUCAGUGUUGAUGCCGUUCACUUUUGUACAUUGAGGCAGCAUCAUGAAUCUCAGUUUAUUUCACAAAUGUCAGAAAAUUCCCAACAGGAGUUUGAAAUUAUUCUGAUAAAGAAAAAAGUUACUCUGGCACUAGUUUGUUUAAAAGCAGUUAACCAGUGUGUAAGUCAAAGGAAUGACCUGAUACUGUAUCUCAAUAAGCCCCUAAAACUAAACUAGUGUCAUGUGAUAACUAAAAUGCUAUUCUUGAGGUAGUAGUGAGUGCACUGUUUAUCCAAGCUGGUAAAAAGCAGCAAUCAUAUUUUUCACUAAUACUUAAGCCUUGCACUGGUGUGUCUACCUUUAAUAAUCUUAACAGAUAAAAAAAAUUAAAUGCAUUAUAACCAUAAUACUCAAACUCCAUCAUUUAAAUGUGACGUAAAGGGACCUCGUAUUUAUUUAGGUUUGUUUCAUAAAUAGUUUUCUCAUGUACAUUUUUUGAAACCGUCAGAUCUUACUUGGUCAGGUCCUGUUGUCUGUAAGUUCUUUCAAAUGUCUUUUCCCAAUGUUUCCAAAGGAUUAUUUAGACCAGCGCAAGCUUCGUCUGUGGGAUUUCUUCCGAAACAUUGACAAAGAUGGCACCAUGCGCGUCCCUACAGCUGACUUCAGGAAGGCAGUGCAGGUUUUAGAGCCUCAGUUUUAUUGAUCUGUGUAAAGUCAUUCAUAUGUUUUCACACAUAUUUUCUGCUACCUAAUGCUGGUUAGCUCUAAGCUCCUUUUUUUCUUCUUUUCUUUAAAGCAAUCGAGUAUUCCUUUGGAUCGUUACCAAAUUGAGGAGCUGAUUCAGAGGCUUGAUCGCGACAGGACAGGGAUUGUAGACUACAGGUGAGCGUGUUUGCUCUUACUCCCAGAAGGACUUCUAUGUUGCUUUACUCUGAUAUUUUAUCAGUUUUAUUGUUUCUAAACAUUGAUCAGUGGUGCUGCUGUGAAUUUGUACAGCCACUCAGUGUAUUACAGCUUGAAUGAUGCCAAAGUUUGACCAUAUUUGUUAAGCUGAAUGAUGGGAAUUUGUCAAGAUUUUGACCUUGAAUGACACCUGUCUUCCAAGGCAGUCCCAAGACGCUGAUAUGGUUUUAUGAUCUUUGUGUGCAGGGGACUGGCAGACACACGGAAACAAAUGAUGAGGGAUCACCGCCGCCAACUGAGAAAGGUUGAGUCCCGUCAGAAGAAAGAGAAGCAGAAGAGUGACCGUAUCCUCAAGACCUUCCAGAGUGCUGUGGAGGCUGUGACACCCCGCAGCUCCAUGGUCAUGUCUCCUGGAGGUGGCAAAGAGGAUUCAAGCGGUCCACAGCAGUUUUCCGCCACCCCACUCAGUUCUUGGCACCACAUCGUCAUGUCCAACAGCAGCCGCUAUUCAGUCACCAAUCUAAGCAAUGAGCACAUCCACCUGCCAAUGUUAGGAGGCGCUACACCUUACCGUCCAACCAGUUCCCCAGCCAUGAGAUCCUAUUCCCAACCAAACCUGGUGGAUGAGUCACAUCACUCUGCUCCAGGCAAGUCCAUCUCUGCCCAGGGUGUGCACUCCGAUCCAGAGAUGAGCCACAGCAAGCUGACUCCCACUGCCAACAACCUGACCAGGUCCAGACCUGCUCUCAAUGCCAAGCAGCCUGUGGUCAAACCUAAAACCAAGAAAGUAAAGAAAAAGAAAAUGAUGAAACGUGUGAAUAAAGGUUCAAAGUAUACAACAAAAACUGUGAAGUGAUGGUCAGAAAGUGUACAACUCUAAACUAUGUUGAUAUAAGUCUUUGUGGAUGCAGAUUUGGCAGCUCCUGUGAAGUGGGAAGAUUGAUGCAUUUGCUGAUCAUGUCCUGUACACACAUCAGGAAUGUUUUCUAACAAGGAAAUAAUCUUUUUAAUCUAAAUUGUUUUGAGUGCAAGGAACAAUGAGUCAUUAGAGUAGAACGAUUUUGGAAGCUGUAAUCAGAAAUGGAAACAAAUUGAAAUAAUAAAUCUUCUCUCUGCAGUUUUGUUUGCUUAUGUGGGUCACACAGAGGCAUCAGAAUUAAUUUUUUUAAUAAUAUUUUAACAGACCACCCCCCCCACAGGAACUUUCUUUGUUUUUAAACUUGUACAACCGGGAUCAGUUUUGAGCUUUUAAUUAAUUUAACAUUUAUAUUUCAGACGACUCCUUUAUACUGAUGACACUGCAUUGCACUAUUCAAAUUACUUUGUUGAGUAUAUUGUUGAGAACCCACAUAUUUUUGUCAGUGCUUUUCUGAAUCAGUGUUAUCCUCAAACUAUUCCUGUGGCAAAUACAGACUGGUAUCUGGUAAGCUAAGGGUCAUAAAGGUAAAUACAGCAUUUUUAAGUAAAUAAGAAAACUUUUUUUUUUCUUUUCUUUUUCUUUGCACUACCUUGAUUAAAUAAAAAUGAGUUGAGUGUAAAAUUGAUCAAAGCAGGGGGUAACGGUAUGUUUUGAACUGUUUCUAAAUUAAAAUAUAAAUUAAAACUCUGGAUACGGUCUCAUUUUUAUACAUUUGUGGUUGCACUUUCACAUAGCAGUCGAGAGGAUCAGUAAUACUGUCUAUUCAAUGGGCACCUCGAACACUACCAUUUGCAAUUUCCUCUACUUUUACAAGGGACUUCAACUAAAUGAACUAACAGUUAUACUCAUAUAGUCCAUGGUAAACAAGAUAAGCCAUCUACAGAGAGAAAACACUUGACAACACCUGGGAACCCCAUCAGGUGUAGACCCAUCCAUUUGUUUUUCUUGGAGCUCUGCUUCACCCCUUAUCACUAAUUAUUCCUUAAGACAUUUAUUGUAGGAUUUGUUUGCUGAAGAUAACAUCAUUAUGUCUGCUGUCUUGACCAACAAUGCUGUGAGGUAGCACAGGUGCUGCAAAAUCCUAAAACUGGCUAUAUAAGCCCUGAGGAUCAAGCUGUUUCAUUCAUAACAACUCUGACUGCACCAGAAUGAUCGGUACUCUGUAUUUCUUAGCGCUGCUGAGCUUCACCACAGCCUGGGGCGUAAGUAUGGCACACAAAGAAAAGACUAAUUUUACUUUGAGGAUUUUCCCAACUUCAAAGUUAUGUUAAUAUUCUAUAUGUAAAUAUGACUUUUCCAGCGCGUGGGGCUGUGGAGUGAGGGCAGGAAUGAGACGGGAAGCGGAGGAGGAGUUAGGUGCACCUGUGAUGCCUUCUUGCCCAGCUCUACCUUUCCUCUUAAAGACCUGGUAGCAGUGGAGCAGACCGCUGGUGAGAUCUGGCACAAACUGGAGCUGGAGAUGGGAAAGGUAUUCAGUCAGAUUUGAGGCAUGUUUAAUGGAUGUCUGUAAUUUACCUGCACAAAAAGAUUGUAAAAUGUCUCAAAAUUCUUCAACUGAUUUAAUUCCAGAUUGAAGACUAUGAGUCCAAGAUUACGUCAUAUGCAGAAAAGAUUGUAAAGUUGACAACUGAAAUUGAAAAAAUUGAGAAGAACCCAGAUGACUACAACGACACAGAUAUAGGGGAUGUAAAGGUGGAGAUCAAACAGGUGGAGGCUCUGAUCAAAGAGCUGCAGCUCUCCUUGAGCAGCUCCACAGAUGUCUUUGAGUCCCUGCAAGUCGAGGUAAGUCCUGUUAGCAUCAGUCAUUUUAUCAGGAAACACUGAGCCAACCCACUGCUGAAGCAUGUAUUUCCUAUCAGGUAACAGAAAUGGUGAAUACUCUGAACAAGCUGGAGAAGACCUACGACAAGAAUCUGGUUCUGGCAACCAGGCGAGAGUACAUUAAGGUGCAGCUGCAGCUGGAAGAGUGUGAGAGACGUCACCAAGAGCUUUUCUACCCUAACAUCGGUAAGCUCUUUCAAAAUAUGAUCCAUAUUCAAAUCUAAUCCCUGACUGACAUACAACCGUUUUCUUCUUUCUCGACAGGCUCUUGUGCACAUACAGGCAUCAGCAGGAUUGGUAAACCCAUUGUUAGCCAUAUCAAUGCCCAUCUCACCACUAGUAGGAGUUUCGGAGGGUGGGGUAAAGAUUCAAAGCCCAUUCCUGAUAGAGAAUCUAUGUACUGGUUCUCGAGCUACACCAGUCCCUAUAUUGGUGACAUUCAUCUCUACUCCAACUAUAAAAACCUCAUUUUGAGAAACCACUUCCAGCACCACAACUUACACAACAGCUAUAAAGGGAAUGGGAAUAAUUACAUUGUCCGUGACAACACUCUGUAUUAUCAGUUAAGUAGUCCGUUUGGGUUGGGGAAGUUGAAUUUUACCACCAUGUCAUAUGCAUCCAGGGUGAUACCAGGUGCAAGCCCUCAUUUCUCUUACACCAACUCUCCCAGUCAGAACUUUGACUUUGCAGCUGAUGAAACCGGCCUCUGGGUGACCUAUGCUUCAGAGGCGUCUGGUGGCCGCAUGAUCAUCACUAAAAUAGACGAGCCGUCUUUUGGGAUUGUGGAAGAAUGGACAACUAGUGUUUAUAAACCAGGAGUGAGCAAUGCCUUCAUGGUGUGUGGCGUCCUCUAUGUGGUCAGAACAGUUGAUACCGACACUGACGAGAUCUUUUACAAGUUUGACACCAAAACCAAACAAGAGAGCUACGUCAGCAUUCCCUUUGAGAGGUUCCAGGAUAAGUACUCCAACUUGGACUACAACCCCACUGACCAGAAGCUCUACAUGUACAACGAUGGCUACUAUGUCAGCUACCAUCUGUGGUUUAACCACACAGAUAGCGCUACAGUGGAGCCACCCCUUCUCCUGAACACAUCUGUUCAAUAA